AUAUAUUUACAUUUAAAAACAUAAGAAACAUACAAGAUUUUCACACAUUAUGAGCGUCAAUACCAAACGAACCAUUUACGUGGGUGGUUUGGCAGAAGAGGUUGAUGAGAAAGUACUGCAUGCAGCAUUUAUACCUUUUGGAGAAAUUGUUGAUGUUCAAAUACCAUUAGACUAUGAGUCUGAAAAGCACAGGGGAUUUGCGUUUAUUGAAUUUGAGACAGCAGAGGAUGCGGCUGCAGCUAUAGAUAAUAUGAAUGAUUCAGAGUUGUUUGGUCGGACAAUAAGAGUAAAUAUUGCUAAGCCACAAAAGAUAAAGGAAGGUUCAUCCAAACCAGUAUGGGCAGAUGAUGCUUGGUUACAAGAGCACGCAGGCGAGACACUAAAAAAUGACGUUAAAGCAAACGAUGUUGUGCAACCAAAAAAAGCAAAACAGAAUCCUCAAGUUUACUUUGACAUAAGUAUAGGAAGGCAAGAAAUAGGUAGAAUUAUCAUGAUGCUACGAGCUGAUGUUGUACCAAAGACUGCAGAGAACUUUCGAGCUCUUUGUACACAUGAGAAAGGCUAUGGAUACCAGGGUAGUAUCUUACACAGGAUUAUUCCAGAUUUUAUGUGUCAAGGAGGUGAUUUUACUAACCACAAUGGUACAGGUGGUAAAUCAAUUUAUGGCAACAAAUUUGAAGACGAAAAUUUUGAGCUCAAACACACAGGUCCAGGAACCUUAUCAAUGGCCAAUUCUGGUCCAAAUACAAAUGGAUCGCAAUUUUUCUUGUGUACAGCCCGAACAGACUGGUUGGAUGGAAAACACGUUGUCUUCGGUCAUGUUCUUAGUGGAUUAGAUGUGCUUAAAAAGAUCGAAAAAUGUGGAACAAAAGGAGGUACACCGACACAAAAAGUUGUCAUAACUGCUUGUGGAGAAUUAGUAUAAAUUAUCAACAUAUUUGUAUAUACGUAUAUAAGAUAUAAUUACAUGGUUUGUAAGUAAAAAUUAGUAAA